AAAGUUGACAAAACAAGAAAUUUUGCGUUUUUAUUUUUUAUUGAAUAAUUGUAAAAAUGUGACAAAUUCUACGAGUGAGUACCCCUGAAUACUAAAAUCAUUCAGGUCAAAAUGUAUAAACAUCGCCGCCUCAGUCGUCCGUUACCAAAGAAGUUUCCCAAGGAUGUAACUGUAACUAAUGUAAUGUAUGAUAAGGGAAGAAAGUUUGAUGACUUCGACAAGAGGUUUUUUCCAAACAUUUUGACAAACCGAAGCUGCUACUUCAGUCCGGAUCUGAGGGAUGCAGGGCAACUUACCGACUAUGUAGCCAAUGAAGAAAAUGAAAAAAGAUUGCAGGAACAGAACGGCUCGAAUUGCCAGUCGAAAGAUAUGCAAGAGUUUAUAAAAGAACUUAAGAAGAUCAUACACGAUAUUUUACCUAAGGGCAAACGUAAUUCUGAGGAUGUCCCUUAUAAUCUUGAGGGAAUAAAAGAAGUUAGUUUAAUAAAUUUGCAGGACAAUGAUAGUGUGAAUGAAAUUGAUAGGCUUACUUGCGAAGGAAGUGAUGAUCAACAAACAAACGGACAAUCUAAGGACUCUCCAAAAAGUGUUUACAUUUCUGAUGAACCACGCAUAAAAGUCAUUGCAGAAAAAUUCGCUCGAUACAAAAACAACCUCGUUGAAUUAAGAAAAUUAAAAGAGCGCGUAGUUUGCAUUGAAUACGAUGUAUACGUCCGCGGCGAAGAAUCUAACUCCGAGCCGUUUCAGAAAUUAAGAGCAUACUUUUCUGUUAAACCGGUCUCUGAAAAUGAAGGUGGUAUGUUGUAUUACUUGUCUUUACGAUAAAUCUCAACUUUAACACGCAUUGUGGCAAUCUAUGGGGAAGGCCUUCAUCAGUGGACUUGUGAUAAGCUAUAACGAUGAUGAUGAUGAAAUAAUAAAACCGUAUUGUAGCGGCGUAACAGAAUACAAAACAUGCUGUUGUAAGAGGCGACUGAAAAACAAAAGGGCAUAGAUUCUGACAGAUGGCAGAAUCUAUUCCAUCCAUUACAGCCUAUAAAACUACACGUUAAAAAAGGCCACCCUCAUAGAUUGCCUCAUAGGGGGAUUAUGCCAUAGUUUCCACGCUUGGCAGAUGGGUUGUCAACCGCGAUUUUUUAUUAUUUUGACUUGUUUUCAGGAAAAUGCUGCCGCCCAUCCUCGCUUUAAUAUACCUCUGCAGCCUCUUCCGACUCCCACUGGAUGAUAUGGGGUAGUGGAUUUUCUUACGCCGCACUUUUCUUUUUUAGCAGUUACGCCCACUUCACGUCUGAUAAUGCUUAUAACAGCAGAAACGAUACUAUGAAUGGUGGUUAUUUACUCGAUUGGGGAUUUUUGGCAAGAACACAGUCAUAUUCAUGACUUCAUGAGUCAGUUCAUGACCUUACUAAUUAUAUUGUUACAAACUUGGACAAUGGGCAGAAGGUUCUUGGCAUAUUUCUUGAUCUCGCCAAAGCUUUCGACACGGUUUCUGUACCCACUUUUACGUAGGAUGGAGAGUUUGGGAAUUAGAGGUAUACAACUUCAACUUUUUGAAGACUACUUGAGUGGACGUACACAGUACGUUCAGGUGGAGAAAUUCAUUAGCGCUGAACGCACAAUUACCUAUGGUACGCCUCAGGGCAGUGUACUCUCUCCAACUUUAUUUCUUAUAUAUAUUAAUGAAAUGAGUAUGCUCACUCUUCCUAAAGAGCGGAUCAUAAGUUUUGCAGAUGAUACCGUCCGCCUAUUUAGCGCAGGUUCAUGGCAAGAUGUCUCCAACUGGCUCCGAAGUAAUGUGCUGACACUCAACAUAGAUAAAACAUGUUAUGUCACAUUUAAAUUAAAAAAAUAACACAUUAACAACAUCAUCACCACCAUAUUCCAUCAUAAGUCACUCAUGUUCCAACUCACUUAAUAACGCAGAUACCUGCAUAAAACUAUGUCAAACUGAAAAAGUAAAAUAUCUAUGAGUUAUAAUUGAUAGCACUCUACGUUUUUAUGAACACAUUAAUACCCUUAAUAGCAGGUUGCGUAAACUUAUUUAUGUUUUUAAAACUCUGAGAGAUAUGGCUGAUGAGAAACUAAAGAAAUCCAUCUACUUCGCCUUGGCCCAAUCUCUGUUAACAUAUGGUAUUACCUCCUGGGGCGGUGCUCCAAAAUCUAAAAUGCUUCAAUUGGAGAGAACGCUGAGAGCCAUCUUAAAGGUCUCUUUUUCACUGCAGUAUCGCUAUCCUACAGAGCUCCUAUAUAAAGAGUUGAAAAUUUUAACUGUGCGGCAACUGUUUAUACAAAGUACCUUACUAAAACAGCAUGCUUUAUUAAAAUACAACUCCUCACUCUCCCGAGAUAAAAGGCGUUUUAACCCCGUGGGCCGCUGUCAUAUAACUCUAUCCACCAAAUUAUCUAAACGUUUAUUUUGUCACCUUGGAGGUUUCUUAUACAAUACAGUCAAUAAGAUUACCCCUAUAUUUAACGUUUACAAAACUAUAUGCAAAAAGAAAAUAACUAUCUGGCUCCAAGAAUUAAAUUAAUAUGACACCGAACAACUACUUACUAAUUGUAUCUAAUUACUAAUCGAAUCGAAGUUAAUUACUAACCCAGUCACAAAAUAACAAACAAAAGCACACACACACACACACACACACACACACACACACACACACACACACACACACACACACACACACACACACACACAUGCACACGCACACACUCGCACACGCGCACACACACGCUCACACACACACUAACACACACACACACAAAUGCACACGCGCACACACGCACACGCGCACACGCUCACACACACGCACACGCGCACACGCUCACACACGCUCACACACACUAACACGCUCACACACACUAACACGCUCACACACACACACAUACACGCUCACACUCACACACACACACACACGCGCGCACGCACACACACGCAAACACGCACACACACGCACGCACACACACGCACUCUCACACGCACGCACACAUGCACACACACACGCACACACACGCGCGCGCACCGGCGCACUCACGCGCACACACACGCGCACCCACACGCGCACGCGCUCGCACACGCGCAAACACACACGCGCAGCCGCGCACACACGCACACACACACGCGCCCCCGCGCACACACACGCGCACGCACACGCACACUCACGCACACACACACACACAAACACGCACGCACGCGCACACACACGCGCACCCGCUCCCGCGCACAUGUACACACACGCGCUCACACACACACGCACGCACACACACGCGCACACACACACACACACACACACACACAUACACGCACGCACAUGCACACACACGCGCACACACACACACACGCACGCACACACACGCGCACCGACACACACACACACACGCACGCACGCGCACGCACACACGCGAACAAACACGCGCACGCACACACACACACACGCACACGAACACGCACGCACACACACACACACACACGCACGCACGCACACACACACACACACACACACACACAUUAAUACUAGCACCACUUUUUAAUAUAUCUAGAAUCCUAAUUAAAUAAAAGAAGAUAUUAUGUAAAUUAUAAAUAUGGUACAUGUACGAGUGCAUAAUAAAAGUAUUGUAAUUACAACCAUAGGUCGGAGACCUGGCGUCCUGAAAUACAGGCGUAAAGCCUAGCUUAGGCACCAGUCUCCCACAGUAUAUUAUUGAGGCUAUACUAUAAUAUUAUGUACAAUAAUUCUGUAUUGUGGUGAGAAAAUAAAAUAAAUUAUUAUUAUUAUAUCGCAAUAGGAAUCAAAGUUUAUACACAUUCGAAAACGUUGUGGUUGAUAGAAUAUUAAUAUCAUCAUCAAUAACAGAACUUUGUUGUCAUUACAAAAAUUAUAUCAUCUCCAAUUCGAUUAUUGGUUUUUAGACACAAUUCCGAAUAUUCCAUCUGCUAUUAAAAGGGACUGUGAUAUAACUAAUGAAGAUUUUAAAAACGUAUACGAAGGAAUCGAAAUGAUCGACGCAAACAUACCUGAAAAUAAAUCGUAUCUCGAAGGCCUUAAAAGUGUCCUCAAACGGCAACAAACUAUUAAAAUUAAAAAGAACAAGGCUUUUGACCCCAUGUAUUUGUAUGCUAUGGCUAAAAGGGAUAAUCUCCUUUCAAACGACUAUUCGUAUACGGACUUUUUUUCAAAGGCCGAGUUGGAUGAAAUUAAAGAUUUGAUUAUGAAGAAAACGACUUCCAGUGUACAUGGUAUAAGUAGAAGAAAAUUAAUACCAGAAAAAGAUGACACAAAGAUUAAAGAAGGAAAUGAAGACGUAAAGAAUACUAUAAUCGAAGACCUUUUCAGAGUCAUGUAGUUUUAAAGCAAAAAAAAAAACGUUUUCGAUAUCCUUUUAUUUAACAAUCGUCAACAUUUUAAUAAAUGUGUAUCGAACUUUUG